CCGACAGAUGAGCGCCAUGGACCGGCUCAGUGCGCUCUGCCCUGCGGCAAACAUCUCCAUCUAUCAGCGCGCAAUAAUUGAAAUGGCGCAUUUGGCCGCAGGCUGCUGGAGGCACAAAGCGCCACGACAGACGUCAUUUACUGUGGCCCCGAACCACGGGGAGGCUGGGCCUUUUCAUCCGGGUGGAUCUGAACCCCGCUGAUGCUGCUGCUGCACCUCACAGCUGAGUUUUCCUCCAACAAAGAGCGCAAACACAAGGCGCGCUCCUCAACAAGUCAGGGCAGGAGGACCUAAUCCUGGCCCCGGGGGUCUGAGGAGCCCGGGGCCAAACUCGUCCUGCAGCUUGCUCUCCUCUCUGUUGGUCUGCAUUGUUUCUGCUCGGCUCUCUCUCUCUCCAGAGGACGCAGGCAGAACCCACCGGGCCGGGAGCCGAACCUCAGCUGGAGCUGCAGCGCUGCCGUCCAUGUCUACCGUGUCUGUUUCCUCCCAGGAGGGGCGGAGCCUGUCCAGGAUGUCUCUAAGUCACUCGCCUGCCUCCCCCAUGACGGCCCAGGGCAUCCCCUCGCCUGCCCAGCUUACCAAAGCCAACGCCCCCGUCCACAUCGACGUGGGCGGACACAUGUACACCAGCAGCCUGGCCACGCUCACCAAGUUUCCUGAAUCCAGGAUCGGCCGCCUGUUCAGCGGCAGCGAGCCCAUCGUGCUGGACAGCCUGAAGCAGCAUUACUUCAUUGACAGAGAUGGAGACAUCUUCAGGUUCAUCCUGAGCUACCUGAGGACCUGCAAGCUGCUGCUGCCUGAAGACUUUCAGGACUUCCCUCAGCUCUACGAGGAGGCACGGUUCUACCAGCUGGCUCCGAUGGUUCGGGACCUGGAGCGCUGGCAUGCGGAGCGCGAGGCCCAACGGGCAUCGGUGCCGUGCGAGUGCCUGGUGGUCCGGGUGACGCCAGAUCUGGGUGAGAGGAUCGCCCUGAGUGGGGAGAAGGUUCUGAUCGAGGAAGUCUUCCCAGAGACCGGGGACGUCAUGUGCAACUCUGUGAAUGCUGGCUGGAACCAGGACCCGACCCAUGUCAUCCGCUUCCCGCUUAACGGCUACUGCAGACUGAACUCUGUACAGGUCCUAGAGCGUCUCUUCCACAAAGGCUUCAGCAUCAAGGCGUCCUGCGGUGGCGGCGUGGACUCGACCCAGUUCAGCGAGUACGUUCUGUGUCGAGAACUGAAGGAAAGCCGGUCCCUGAGCAGUACCCCGGUUCGGAUCAAACAGGAGCCUCUGGACUGAAACAGAUCCUACAGAAACCGCCUCAGAACCAGCUGGUUUUUUUCUACCCGAGCGUGAUACCGGACCCUUUUUCUAAGCCUUGUAUUUAACGUCUGUGUUGCAGAUAAAAAAACUGAAACCACUCAGUUUCUUCUUCUUUAU